UCCACGUGGAUUGUAAGAUCAAUUUUCCCACGCCAUUCCUUUGUGUUUUUCUUUUCGGAUAGGGAGAGAAAUUUUUCAAAUCUUGCCGGCUGUCCUUCCAUGAAACUCGGCCACAACUUCCUUUUCUCGCCGCACCGGAAAUUCUUCCCUACCACCACCACCACUUCCUACGUUUCCCUAUCCGGUCAGCCGGAGACCGAGCGAGUCAAACUUGCCGAGUCGCUCCAACUCGAGACGCUCAAAAUCCUCGAAUGGCCGUCCGUUUGCACCCAGCUCUCCGCCUUCACCUCCACAUCCAUGGGCCUCAAAGCGGCACAGUCCGCGAGUAUUCCACUUGGACGAAGCCCGAGUGAGAGCCGGCGUCUCCUGGCCCAGACCUCCGCCGCCGUGGCAAUCCCUCGGCCGUUGGAUUUUUCCGGGAUCGAAGAUGUUUCUCCGAUUGUUGACGAAUCCGUUGCCGGUCGGAUGCUCUCGAUCGCCGAGCUUUGCUCUGUUCGUAGGACGCUAAGAUCGGCUAGAUCAUUGUUCGAACAGUUGCAGGAGAUUUCAUCUCACAACAAUUCGAGGUGCUCUCCGCUGCUUGAAAUUCUUCAAAAGUGCGAUUUUCUAGUGGAACUGGAGAAGAAGAUAGAAUUUUGUGUGGACUGUAGUUUUUCAAAUGUCCGCGACCAAGCUAGUGAAGAACUGGAAAUAAUUAGGUCAGAAAGGAAAUCAAACAUGGAAAAUCUGGAGUUGCUGCUCAAGCAGAUAUCUGCUCGAAUUUUUCAGGCCGGUGGAAUCGACAGACCUCUUGUUACGAAACGACGGUCAAGGAUGUGUGUUGGCGUCAGAACCAGCCAUAGAUCUUUGCUUCCUCAUGGAGUAAUAUUAGACUCUAGCAGCUCUGGAGCAACUUACUUUAUGGAACCAAGGGAGGCAGUUGAUUUGAAUAAUAUGGAAGUCAGGCUAUCAAAUGCUGAAAAAAUGGAGGAGGAAAUCAUUUUAAGUUUGCUCAGUGCUGAAAUUGCGGAAUCGAGUAGACAGAUCAAUUAUUUGUUAGAUCGGGUACUGGAACUAGAUCUUGUUUUCACAAAAGCUGCUCAUGCUAGGUGGAUCGACGGGGUCUGUCCAAAUUUCACUUCUGAAAGUUUUCAGAAUUCUGAGCCUAACUCGUUGUUAGUAGAUAUAGACGGCAUGCAACAUCCUUUGCUUCUCGAGUCGUCACUUAGAAAUCCUUCUGGUCUUUCGGAUCAGGAAAUUGACAUCAGAAUACCCUCCAGAGAGGCUGGUGCUUUAAGUUUUCCUGUGCCGGUUGACAUGAAAAUUGGAAAUGGAGUAAAAGUGGUUGUGAUCUCAGGACCAAAUACAGGAGGUAAAACUGCUUCCAUGAAAACUCUAGGGUUGGCUUCUGUAAUGUCGAAAGCUGGAAUGUACCUCCCUGCACGGAACCAUCCACAAGUUCCUUGGUUUGAUCUUGUUCUUGCAGAUAUUGGCGAUCAGCAGUCUCUAGAACAAAGUCUUUCGACUUUUAGUGGCCACAUAUCUCGGAUUUGUAAAAUCCUGAAAGUGGCGUCUGAAAGAUCUCUCGUCCUUCUUGACGAAAUUGGAUGCGGGACUGAUCCUUCAGAGGGCGUGGCUCUAUCAGCCAGCAUAUUGCAAUAUCUGAAAGACAGAGUAAGUUUGGCUGUUGUGACAACGCAUUAUGCAGAUUUAACUCGUUUAAAAGAAAACGAUGCACGGUUUGAAAAUGCAGCAAUGGAGUUUUCCCUGGAGAGUCUACAGCCUACAUAUCAGAUUCUUUGGGGAAGCAUGGGCGAAUCAAAUGCAUUGAAUAUCGCCAAGACGAUUGGUUUUGAUGAAAAAAUAAUCGAGCAGGCAAAAUCUUGGGUAAAAAAGUUAACGCCGGAAAAAAUGCAGAAGCUUAAUAGUCUGCUGUAUCAGUCUCUAGCUGAAGAGAGAAAUAAACUAAAGACUCAGGCAGAAAGAGCUAUCUCUCUUCAUUCAGACAUAUUGAAACUUUAUUAUGAGAUUCGUGACGAGGCAGAUGACCUUGAUAAGCGUGAGGCAGAUCUCAAGGCAAAGGAAACACAACAUUCUCAACAGGAAUUAGAGGUUGUGAAGGCCGAGAUUGAUACUAUAUUACACGAGUUCGAGGAGCAACUGACAAGCGCCGACCCCAUAGAGUUCAACAUGAUUUUGAAGAAAGCAGAAUCUGCUAUAGGAUCCAUUGUCCAAGCUCAUCAGCCUUCCUUUGAUGUUCCUGUUGAUAUAACCGCUAGUCGUUUACGUAUACCACAAAUUGGAGAGAAAGUCAAUAUAAAGGGUUUAGGAAAUAGGUUGGCAACUGUUGUUGAAGCACCGUCGGAUGAUAACACGGUCCUUGUCCAAUAUGGUAAAAUCAAAGUUCGCUUAGACAUAAACAACAUAGAUUCUCCUGCCGACGGUGGUGAUGCUGUAGCUUCAGCCCUGCGCUCAGUUAGACAGGGCCAGCCGAAGAAGAGACUCAAGAAUCUGAAAAAUCUUUCAGAAACCAUGAAAAACGAGGAAGGUUCUUAUGGCCCUGUAGUACAGACAUCAAAGAACACCGUGGACUUGCGGGGUAUGAGAGUCGAGGAAGCUACUAUGCAUGUCAACAUGGCUAUCAAUGGCAGAGGGGCGAAUUCGGUUCUCUUCAUAAUACACGGAAUGGGCAGUGGAGUUUUGAAGGAGCACGUGCUUGAACUACUCGAUAGACACCCACUCAUCGCAAAGUUUGAACAGGAAAGCCCGAUGAAUUAUGGCUGUACAGUUGCCUACAUCAAGUGAAUUAUUCUUACAAUCAAUCUUACAAGAAAGUGCCAUUUUUCUUCGAAUCUUGAGAUUGACUUCAAAUACUUUUUUAUGUAUAGUAAAUUGUUCAUGCUAUUAUAUCUUCGUCCAUAUUUUCUU